AGCACACGUAUAAUGCAAGAAAAUGGGCGAAAAAAUUAAGCGGGACACACGUGUUCAAAGGACAAAUAUCUUUGCCAAUAUUAUAGAUAUGGAAAGGAAAAAAAAAAAAAAGCACAACACUUUGUGUCAUAAAUAGCUCAAAAGUUUAAAAGGCACCUCCCAAAAGAAGAAAAUGUUGGGAGGUGUGGGGGCUGAAAAAUAUCUCCCAAUAGUCCCUUCCUCCCAAUUUUUAUUCUUUGUUUGACAUCACCAAACCUUUCCACCUGUCCUAAUUUUCACAAAAGUUCUUCAUAGAUUCAUUAUAAUUAUUUUUUCUUUUUGUCAACCCCAUAAUAAAAAGCUUGAACCUUCAUAUACUUUUGCCACAUAUUUCACCUCCUUCCUUCAAAGUUCAAAGCUUUUUGUUGUCUCUUUUCUUCCAAUCUAUCUAUCCUACCUAGCACUACUCCUUGCCUUCUUCCUUUUGUUCCAUAACUGCAUGCUUCAGAGACUUUUCCAUUUUCCUUUGUAACCAUCUUAAUCUAGAAGAUUUCUAAUUAACUUUACCUUCCCACUAUUCUGGGGAGGUGGGAAGUUCAUAUUUUUGGUUGGUGAUAUAGACCAAAUCUGCAAAACCCUUUUAGACUUGAGCUGUAACUUUUCAAUCCCAGAUUAGAUUUUUUUUGGUAUUGAUUUCUAGAUAUGAACAAUAUGAAUCCAUUAGGGUCAGUGAAGGAAGAGUUUUACACUGGAUCUAGUUCAUUGUAUCCUCCACUUUCAGGUGAGGUUUCUUUCUGUGUUUCUUCUAGUGCUCCUCCUCCUCAGCCAAUGGAAGGCCUUAAUCAGGCUGGACCACCUCCAUUCUUAACCAAGACAUAUGACCUUGUGGAUGAUCCACAAACUGAUCAUAUUGUUUCAUGGAGUAGAGGUAACAACAGUUUUAUUGUUUGGGAUCCCCAAUCUUUUGCAAUGAGUCUUCUUCCUAGGUACUUCAAGCACAACAAUUUCUCCAGCUUUGUCAGGCAGCUCAAUACUUAUGGUUUCAGAAAGAUUGAUGCUGAAAAAUGGGAGUUUGCUUGUGAAGGUUUUUUGAGGGGACAAAAGCAUCUCUUGAAAAACAUACGGAGGAGAAAGAAUCCUCCCAAUUUUCCACCUUCUAAUAACCAAGGUUCAACUACUGAUCCUUGUGUUGAAGUUGGAAGAUUCGGUUUGGAUGCUGAAAUUGAUAGGUUAAGGAGAGACAAGCAAGUACUCACAAAUGAACUAGUUAAACUCAGACAGCAACAGCAAUCUACAAAAACUUAUCUUAAAUCCAUGGAAGAGAGGUUACAAAUGACUGAGAUGAAACAACAGCAAAUGAUGACUUUUUUGGCUAAAGCCAUUCAAAAUCCAAGUCUUUUGGAUCAGUUAGUCCAGCAGAAGGAGAGAAGGAAAGCACUUGAAGAAGAAUUAAGCAAGAAGAGAAGGAAGCAACUUGACCACCAUCAUGAUCAAGUUGCUCCUGGAAGUAAUUUUGGGGAAGCUAGCAAUAGUAGUUAUGUCAAACUCGAAUCGCCGGAGUUUGGAUACCAUGAUGAUUUUGGUGGCCUGAAUGAUUUAGGGAUGAAUAUGCAAGAACCAAUGCAAAAUGCAGUGCAUUUGGAUCAAGGAUUUUGGGAUGGCCUAAUGCAUGAGGAGAAUGAUCAAGAUCAGCAUAUAGGCUACAACUUUGGUGCUGAAGGAGGAGAACCUGUGGAAGACAUGUUAACUGAGCAAAUUGGUUUUUUAGGUUCUAAUUUACCAUGAAAAACCUAUAUUUUAAGAUUGUUGUUUUAAAUGUUUAGCUGAUUAUUCGAAAUUGACACAACAUUAGAACCUUAAUUUUGUUGGGAAAAAGCACUCCCUACAAUAAUUCAUUAGGGGUUUCUAGUUUGGUUAUCUAACUGGUUUGUUGAGCUCUUUAAUCAGCAGAUUUUCUAGCUAGUUAGUGCUUAGUAUUAGCAAUUUGUUUGGUAUUCUAUUAUCCAUCGAAUUUCGUUCAACUGCAGUAUUUGUAUGAAUGAUUGUCAUUAGCUGAAGGUAAGAUCAAGAUUCAUGAUUAUGGAUUCGAACACUUUAUGACAUCAUUUGAUCUAUUUAAUCGUUGUUUUUUU